UUUCCAUUUGCUGCAAAAUACGUACAGUUUCCGUUCUCAGAACAACUCUAUUUUCUUCUCUCUCACACGCUCUUUAUUUCCUUCAUUCAGAUUAAACCGAAAGCGAUUCCAACUCUUUUUUCCCUUCUUUCUCUGAUCUCUCACGAGCAACCAAGGCUUUUGUUAAUGGAAUUGAUGAAAUCAGACGACACUGUUCUGAACAGACAACCUCGGGAAGAAGAGAUUAUGCAGAGACAGAAGAAGGGGGAGGAGGAAGAAGAGGAAGAAGAAGAAGAAGAAGAGCGACGUCGUUUUCAUGUUUUGGCUGUGGAUGACAGCGUUAUCGACAGGAAGUUAUUGGAGAAGCUCCUCAAAGCUUUUUCAUGCCGAGUGACGUGCUUUGAGUCUGGGGAAAAAGCGUUGGAAUAUCUAGGAUUGCUUCAUAACUCAACAGCAGCUGCUUCGUCUUCCCAACAACAUCAGGGACUUAACGUCAACUUAAUCAUGACAGACUUUUCAAUGCCAGGGACGAGCGGCUAUGAUUUACUCAAACGCGUCAAGGGAUCUUCUUGGAAAGAUGUACCAGUGGUGGUGAUGUCAUCAGAGAAUGUACCUUCAAGAAUUAGCAUGUGCCUAGGAGGAGCAGAAGAAUUCAUGUUAAAGCCUCUUCAAUUAUCAGACCUACACAAAAUCCAAGCUCACCUUCUCAAAUCCCUUCCUCAUUCUUAGUUCAACAGUGGUUAACAUCUAUGACUUUAGCAAAGACAUAAUGGCCUAAUAUAUCUUCUGACGCUAGUUAAAGAAGACCGAAAAUGAAACCACUAGUCUACCAGUUGUAGUGUGCAACGUAUUUUGUUAGGGGAACUAUUUACUCAAAUACCCAAAUCCACGUGUUUUAGAUUCUGGGGGGUUCAUGUCUAAAACAUUACAUUUCAGUUUUGAUAAUUUAUGA